UUCACUCGUCUUGCUGAGCAAAACAUCAUGAGUUGCCAGAUCUCCUGCAAAUCCCGAAGAGGAGGAGGUGGAGGAGGCGGUGGAUUCAGGGGCUUCAGUAGUGGUUCAGCUGUGGUCUCUGGAGGGAGCCGGAGAUCAACUACCAGCUUCUCCUGCGUGAGCCGCCACGGCGGUGGCAGAGGAGGCUCUGGUGGAGGUGGCUUUGGCAGUCAGAGUCUUGUUGGCCUCGGAGGGUACAAGAGCAUCUCUAGUAGCGUGGCUGGCAGCAGUGGUGGAUUUGGUGGCAGAAGCUACGGUGGCUUCGGAGGUGGCAGCAGUGGCUUCGGAGGUGGAAGCAGUGGCUUCGGAGGUGGCCGAGGAUUUGGAGGAGGCCCAGGAUUUGGAGGUGGCAGCUUCGGAGGUGGCAGCAGCUUUGGAGGUGGUGGAUUUGGAGGAGGUGGCUUUGGCGGAGGCCGCUUUGGAGGUGGCCCUGGAGGUUUUGGGGGCCCUGGAGGAUUCCCUGGUGGAGGCAUCCAUGAAGUGUCUGUCAAUCAGAGCCUCUUGCAGCCUCUUGAUGUUAAAGUAGACCCAGAGAUCCAGAACGUGAAGUCUCAGGAGCGGGAGCAGAUCAAAACCCUCAACAACAAAUUUGCCUCUUUCAUUGACAAGGUGCGAUUCCUGGAGCAGCAGAACCAAGUGUUGGAGACCAAAUGGGAACUCCUGCAGCAGUUGGAUGUAGGCACCCGCACCACCAACCUGGACCCCAUCUUCCAGGCCUACAUUGCCCUGCUCAAGAAGGAAGUGGACAGGCUUUCUGCAGAAAGGACCUCACAGGAGUCAGAGCUGAACAACAUGCAGGAUCUUGUGGAAGACUUUAAGAAGAAGUAUGAGGAUGAGAUCAACAAGCGCACGUCUGCAGAGAAUGAUUUUGUGACCAUUAAAAAGGAUGUGGACAGUUGCUACAUGGACAAGACAGAGCUGCAGGCCAGGGUGGACAUACUGACACAGGAAGUCAAUUUCCUGAGAACACUCUACGACGCGGAACUGUCCCAGCUACAGCAGAAUGUCACCGACACCAAUGUCAUCUUGUCCAUGGACAACAACCGGAACCUUGACCUGGACAGCAUCAUUGCUGAGGUUCAGAGUCAAUACGAGAUGAUCGCCCAUAAGAGCAAGGCUGAGUCAGAGGAGCUGUACCACAGCAAGGCAAAUGAAGAACUCCAAGUCACUGCUGUGAAACACGGGGACAGCUUGAAAGAGAUCAAGAUGGAGAUCAGCGAGUUGAACCGCACAAUCCAGAGGCUGCAAGGGGAGAUAUCACAUGUGAAGAAGCAGUGUAAGGGUGUACAAGACUCCAUUGCAGAUGCAGAGCAGCGUGGGGAGCAUGCCAUCAAAGAUGCCAGAGGCAAGCUCACUGACCUGGAGGAGGCCAUGCAGCAGUGCCGGGAGAACCUGGCCCGGCUGCUGAGGGACUACCAGGAGCUCAUGAACACCAAGCUGGCCCUGGAUGUGGAGAUUGCCACCUACCGCAAGCUACUGGAGGGAGAGGAGUGCAGGAUGUCUGGAGACUUCAGCGACAAUGUGUCUGUGUCCGUGACAAGCAGCACCAUCUCCUCAUCUGUGGCAUCUAAGGCUGGCUUUGGCUCUGGAGGUCAAAGUUCAGGAGGAAGAGGAUCUUAUGGAGGACGAUCAGGAGGAGGAAGCACCUAUGGCUCUGGAGGCAGAAGGUCUGGCUUCAGAGGAUCUGGAUCUGGAGGAGGCUCCAGGGGAGGAUCUGGAGGAGGAGGCUCUAGAGGAGGCUCCAGCUCUGGUGGGGGAGGAUACAGUUCUAGAGGAGGCUCUGGAGGAGGCUCCAGCUCUGGAGGAGGAGGAUACAGUUCUAGAGGAGGCUCUGGAGGAGGCUCCAGCUCUGGAGGAGGAGGAUACAGUUCUGGAGGAGGCUCUGGAGGAGGAGGAUACAGUUCUAGAGGAGGCUCCAGAGGGGGCUCCAGCUCUGGUGGGGCAGGAUACAGCUCUGGAGGAGGCUCCAGCUCUGGUGGGGCAGUGUCUGGCUCUGAAAGGGGCGGUUCUGGGUCAGGGGAAGGUUGUGGCUCUGGUGUGACCUUCUCCUUUAGAUAGAGAUGGGUCUUCUCUCUACUCUUCAAUUCCAGAAUGUCAGCUGUAUCUCUGUAUCUCUAACUCUGAUCAACUCCAGUAUUUGUAAUCUACCUGAUGUGAUUUUUUUUGAGAGGGGGGUGAUAAAAGAUGUCUCCUAACAAUUAGA